CGAUAAACAAAUUGAAUCCGCCAUGAUCAUGAGUAGUAGUAGUAGUAGUUGCAGAAGUGGUUGGGUGGUUUCUCUAAUCCUUCUACUUCCGACGGUUUUGUCGACGCUUGCCGCCACCGUCUCCUAUGAUCACCGUGCGCUGGUGAUCGAUGGUAAUCGGAAGGUUUUGAUCUCCGGCUCCAUUCACUACCCCCGCAGUACCCCUGAGAUGUGGCCGGACCUCAUUCAGAAAUCCAAGGACGGAGGUUUGGAUGUCAUUGAGACUUACGUUUUCUGGAACUUACACGAACCUGUUCAGAACCAGUACGACUUCGAAGGGAGAAAGGAUUUGGUCAAGUUCGUGAAAACAGUUGCAGAAGCUGGUCUUUAUGUUCAUCUACGCAUUGGCCCUUACGUCUGCGCUGAGUGGAACUACGGAGGCUUUCCUCUUUGGCUGCAUUUCGUUCCUGGAAUCAAGUUCCGAACUGACAAUGAGCCCUUCAAAACCGAGAUGCAGCGGUUCACGGCCAAGAUUGUAGAUAUGAUGAAACAGGAGAACCUCUAUGCAUCCCAAGGCGGACCCAUCAUCUUGUCCCAGAUUGAAAAUGAGUAUGGAAACGUCGACAGCCGCUAUGGUCCUGCUGCCAAAUCCUAUAUCAGUUGGGCGGCAGCCAUGGCUACGUCUUUAAAUACAGGGGUUCCCUGGGUGAUGUGCCAGCAGGCGAAUGCUCCUGACCCAGUAAUCAACACUUGCAAUGGGUUUUACUGUGAUCAAUUCACACCAAACUCUGACAAGAAGCCCAAGAUGUGGACUGAAAAUUGGAGCGGUUGGUUUCUUUCCUUUGGUGGUGCUGUGCCAUACAGACCAGUGGAGGACCUUGCAUUUUCUGUGGCACGCUUUUUCCAACGAGGUGGAACUUUCCAAAAUUACUAUAUGUACCAUGGUGGGACCAACUUUGGUCGAACUACUGGUGGACCCUUUAUUGCCACGAGCUAUGAUUAUGAUGCUCCGAUUGACGAGUAUGGUGUUGUUAGACAACCGAAGUGGGGCCACCUCAAAGAUUUGCACAAGGCCAUCAAACUUUGUGCAGGAGCACUGGUAGCCAAUGAUCCUACAUUCACUUCUCUUGGUCCAAACUUGGAGGCUCAUGUUUAUAAAACAGGGUCUGGGUUAUGUUCUGCUUUUCUUGCCAAUGUGGGUACACAAUCUGAUGCAACUGUGAAUUUCAAUGGUAAUUCAUACCAUUUACCUGCAUGGUCUGUGAGCAUCCUUCCUGACUGCAAGAAUGUGGUAUUCAAUACUGCACAGGUUAAUUCCCAGGUUGUGAGUCCAAGAUUCAAACGUCUUUUCUCAAAGGGUACUAUUGAUUCUUCUAACACAUUCCAAUCAGGAUGGAGUUGGAUCAAUGAACCUGUUGGUAUCUCAAGUUCAACUGCGGUCAUGAAAUCUGGAUUAUUGGAGCAAAUAAAUACCACAGCUGAUUCUAGUGAUUACUUGUGGUAUUCUUUAAGAACUGACAUCCAAGGAAAUGAACCAUUUCUUCAAGAUGGGACUCAAGCUGUUCUUCAUGUGGAAUCACUUGGUCAUGCUCUUCAUGCAUUUAUCAAUGGGAAUCUUGCAGGGAGCGGGACAGGCAAUAGUGGCAAUGCAAAGGUCACUUUAGAGAAGCCCAUCACACUUGUGCAGGGGAGGAACACCAUUGACCUCUUGAGCUUGACAGUGGGACUGCAGAACUAUGGGGCAUUCUUUGACAUGGAAGGUGCUGGAAUUACUGGUCCAGUCAAGUUGAAAGGCUCUAAAAGUGGUGCUAGUGUUGAUCUAUCCUCAAGCCAGUGGAUAUAUCAGAUUGGACUAAAAGGUGAAGAAUUAGGUUUUUCUGGAGGAACUUCUUCACAGUGGAUUUCACAAUCCAGUUUACCGAAGAACCAGCCCUUAAUAUGGUACAAGGUGAAUUUUGAUGCUCCUGAUGGCAAUGGCCCAAUUGCACUCGACUUCACGGGAAUGGGAAAGGGUGAGGCUUGGGUGAAUGGGCAGAGCAUUGGACGCUAUUGGCCAACUAAUCUCGCUCCCCAGAGUGGUUGUACUAACUCUUGCAACUACAGAGGGCCUUACAGCUCAAACAAAUGCCUCAAGCACUGCGGUGUUGCGUCUCAGAAACUGUAUCAUGUGCCACGUUCCUGGGUCAAAUCAAGUGGCAACAUUCUGGUGUUGUUUGAGGAGAUGGGUGGGGAUCCCACACAGAUAUCAUUUGUGACAAGACAGACAGAAAGUUUGUGCUUGCGCGUUUCACAGUCACACCCACCCCCUGUAGACACAUGGAGCUUAGCUCAACCAACAGAUAAGAAAUCAGGUCCCGUGCUUCAGCUUGAGUGCCCAUUUCCUAGUCAGGUUAUCUCUUCAAUCAAGUUUGCGAGUUUUGGAACUCCUUCAGGGACUUGUGGUAGUUUCAGACAUGGUCAGUGCACCAGUGCCAAGUCUCUUGCCAUUGUACAGGAGGCUUGCAUUGGAUCAAAAAGUUGCAGCCUUGGAGUAUCAAUCGACACAUUUGGUGAUCCAUGUGUAGGAGUGACGAAGAGCCUUGCAGUAGAAGCCACUUGUUCAUGAAGCAUUGUUCUGGGUUUGGGGUGUAAGCAAAGCAUAGGCCCCAAGAAGUGUACAAUAGAAUAAAUUUCUUCACUGAUAAUGAAUGUGGAGGGACUCUUUAUUCA